AUGAGUUGCUCAAAUGUUCAACCACUUCAAAAGUCUUUAAAUAAUCCAUUCAAAGAUAAACCAGCUGGAAAACCUACAUAUUCCGAUAAUUCUCAUUUUUGUAAAUUAUAUUAUGAGCCUAGUAAAAUGGAAUUUAAAACUUCUAAAAGAAAUAUUAAUCAUAGAAAUAAAACUUCAAUAUUUGACAUAGCUCAUAUUAACAGAAAUGAAAGAUCUAUUGACUAUAAAAAUUUGCACAUUCAGAAUACUUUAAAAAAAAGAAUAGUCACUCCUUCCUCAUUAAAUAUAAAAAAUAUACUUCAGAAUGAUACGAAUUAUAUACCAAAUGAAAAGUCUGGGAAAAGAAUUUCUCAAGAUACUUUAAAUUUUUUUAUAUUUUCAGAUGAAUAUAAUGAUGCAACAAAUGAGAAAAAAAGUAGCAAAAAAAUUAGUACUUAUAGCUUAGAAAAAAACCCAUGCAAAUGGGGUGUAGAUGUUUUUAAAUAUAAUUUACCAUCACCAAAAAAAAUAUAUAGACAUGUUGACAAUUUAUCAUCUUGCUUGGUACCAAAUAAAAGUGAAGACUCAAUUAUUCCUAAAAAAAAAAGAAGUCAUUAUAAAUCUUUAUGCCCAAAAGAAGACAAUUUUGUUCCAAAUUCUAGCAAAAAAUUAAUUCAUCUACAUGAGUCAAAAUUAGAUGUAAAUUAUGUUCCUAAAGAUUUUGAAGAGAAAAAAAAAUUAAGCAAAAUGAAAUAUUAUCAAGGAAAUUUGAAUACGGAUCUGACUCCUCUUGCAGAGAAUAAUAGAAAAUCUUUUCAUAUCAACACUACAUGCAGAAAUAAAAAAUGCUCCAUAUCUUUUAACCAUGAUAGAGAACCUUCGCCAUAUAGAUCAGGAAAAAGAAUAGGAUAUAUGAACACAAAAAAUGAAAACGCUGUAUUUUUAUUUUAA